AAUGAGUUAAUAGCCGUAAUGACAAUAAAUGCAAAUAAGUAAAAUCAGUACAUAUUUAUCUGUUCUUAUCAAACUAAUCCGUAUCACAAGAUUUUACAUAGUAUAUUUCUGUUAGAAUAAAGUUUUAACGUUAAUCUAUUUUAAAUGCAAUGAAAUUCUCAUUUCUUAAUUUUGAAAAAUUAUACAAAAUAUUUGAGAAUAUUAAUGGUUUGAAAGUUAAUUAGUUUUAUGGUAUUCACUAGUAAAUAUCAUAUAGUUUUCGUUUAGAUGUAAAUUAAAGUGAUGUUUUAAGUCAAUUAACAAAUGAUGUUGCCAAGAGGAAAAAACGGAUAUUCUUGGGAAUUGAAUUCAAGAAAUCAAGAUAGUGAACCUUUAUUGGAAACAAAUAAUGAAGAUGAAUUAUUAUUUUCAUCUGGACCAAGUACAUCUAAAUUUGUUGCUGAUAUGUUGAGUUCAAAUUCUCAUAAAAUAAAUGGACAGCAGCAUAAGCUAGACCUUAUAUCAAAAUCUGUUAAAACUUUAAAAACUGUUUCUGAAGAUAUAGGUAUUGAAUUGGAUCAACAAAAUGUGAUGAUUGAUAAUUUGGGUACACAAUUAGAUAGAACAGAAACAAGAUUAGAUAUGGUUUCUAAAAAAGUAUCACAAGUACUUCAAUUGUCUGAUGAUCGAAGACAAUGGACUUUAAUUUUUAUUUUAUUAAGUAUAAUAUUUAUUACUGUUAUCCUUUUAAUUAUUUUAUAAAUUAAAAAAAUUUAGAAAAAUUAUAUUUAAAAAAGACUGUUUUUUUUUUUUAUUAUUAAUUAUUGCAAAUAAAAAAUUGGAUUUA